GAUGCAACCGAAUUGAAAUUUCCAGUUGAAUUUGAAAAUGCUGAAACAUUAUUGACCAGUGAAGUUUGUAUGUUGAUGGAACACAGAAAACAACAAAACGAGGAACGAGAAGAGGAACAAGAACUCAAUGAAAUUUUCACCAAAACAUUAAAUUUGUCAGGUUUCAGUAAAUUUAAGAAUCGUGAAACAAUUGCCGCUGUUAGACAUCAAUUGAUGAAUAAAAAGCUACAUAAAUUUGAAUUUGCUCAAUUGGCAAAUCUGUGUCCAGAAACUCCAGAAGAAGCGAAAGCGUUAUUGCCAUCAUUGGAAACGAGAUUCACCGAUGAAGACUUGCGACAAAUUUUAGAUGAUAUUCAAGCCUAAAGAUUUCUUAUUGAUUUAUUUUUGUAAGGUUAUUAAAAUUUUAUAUAAAUGUAAAUAAAACACUUGAUUGAUUGAAAUCACUUUGCACCUCUGCUUUUUAAAAUAUAUUCCAAUUGUUUGGUUGAAAAAAUUUAA